GGAUAAAUGCGGGCAUGUUCGCGCCUGCGCACCCCUGACCGGCUCACUCGUAGGUCGGGCUCCUGCGCUCUCCUUUGCAAAUGGGCUCCGUGGCCUAGCGCCCCGCUUCCCGCCACUCGUGAUCGCGCGCCGAGGUCCGCGAGGGGUCGCCGCCGAGGUGUCCACCAGCCCACAACCAGCAGCAUGGCGGCCAUCCCCUCCAGCGGCUCGCUCGUGGCUACCCACGACUACUACCGGCGCCGCCUGGGCUCCACUUCCAGUAACAGCUCCUGCGGAAGUGCCGAGUGCGCUGCGGAAGCCAUCCCCCACCACCCUGGUCUCCCCAAGGCUGACCCGGGUCACUGGUGGGCAAGCUUCUUCUUCGGGAAGUCCACUCUCCCAUUCAUGGCCACCGUGUUGGAAUCCCCAGAGCACUCGAAAUCUCCCCAGGUCUCCAGCAGCGUGAUCACCUGUGACCUGGAAGCCACGAGGAAGCCAGCUGGUGGCCAGCCCGGCCAAGUCAACAUCGGGCCUCCAUCCUGAGAGGCCACCAGCAGCCACCAGGCUUCCAGAGGCGCUGGGCUCUUUGGAGCCCCUCCCCCUCCCCUCCCCCUCCCCCCCACCCCACCGGAACACCAGGCAGGCUGUGGCAGGCAGCAGCAGUCCCAGCUGGGUUCUUUCAGAUCAAAACAGCAAAACACCAAAAAGGAAGUUGAGAGAGUCGUGCUCUUUAUUACCCAAGCCACACGCGAGCCUCCCUGCCGUCCCUGUAACCAUGUGCCUUGCACCAAGUGGGAAAUAAACAAUGAGCAGGCAGCGCC